GCUUUCUCGUGAGCUUGACUCUCGAAAUUCUGCUAGUACUUGUUCGGAUGAUGCCAGCCCGCUAUCCGUGCAUAGCCUCCCGCCGACACCAGAGCUGAAUAAGACGGCCAUAUGGCAGAUCAUUGAAUCGCUUAAAUCGAUGUAGCAACGUUUCAAUUGCGCUCUAUAAUUCACGUUCUGCUUUAACAGAAAUUUGCUCAUGCCUUGUCUAAACAGCUGCAGUUUCCUUCCUACUUACCUCUGUACCUUAUCUCUCCGACAAGACAAUAUUGUGCCGUGUACCGCGGUCUGCGCAAGGUGCACGUAUAGUAUUAGGUAAGCCUAAUUUAUGAGGGAUCCGGGCGGAAACUGAAGAUAGGAGCGUCUUUAUCUACGGAAAACGGAGUGAUCUCAAAGGGUGAACGAAGGGAACCUGCAUUUUUUACCUGCUAUAAACAAAUACCUAGUGUUGAUCACUUCCGCGGGCUAUCCAGACAGGUCUGUCUUCCUGUGCACGUUAGAAGCAUGAGCAUGAUCAGAGCCAGUGUUUGUAGACAAUAUUUCUGUGUGUUGGUGCUCGUGAGAACAUGGCGUGCGAACUUAGGAGCGAGGUUCACUCUCUGAGGAGCUGUCUUCUUUUUUUAGAAUUACAAAAAUUGCUAGAAAGAAAGUAAAAGGAAGAUUCUAGCACCUGAUCGUUUGUUUGUGUUCGAUGAGCAGACAAGUAGCUUGAGUGAAUAUUUCUAGUAGAUAAAACUUGAUGUUCUAGCAAUAGUAGUUCCCUGCGAUUGCUCUGUUUACUUGUCGGCGUUCCCUUUGCUAUUGCGCUCUCGCUGGAGGGUUCUGCGAACUAUGACAACCUAAUUCCAUGUUCUUGGUUAAUUCCUUUCCGUUCCAGUCGCGUCAAACUCUGUGAUGAUCGCCACUUUUUCCUUCGUGGCUUGUCCGCGUCCUUCCCCACACCGCAACCGUUAGACCAUAGACCAAAUUUUUGCGCGGCGUUGAAACAAUGUAACAAUGUGAAACGUUGAACUUCUAGUGUACGCAUGUUGCCCCUAGCGCUUAACACUUUCUAAUCGCCAGCCAGACUCCGGGUAGCAGUAGUCGGAGUUACUUGCGCACGACAUUUGCACAAUGUUCGUUUUCGUUGUCCGUUGCGGGCAAACGGCCGCCGGGCACUUUUGAAACUGUGUAGUGGCCAGCAUAUAUACCAUAUUUCAGAAGUCUAUUACGUAAAGCGUUUAUCUGUAAAUAUUGCUGCAGUGUUGUGUGGCAGUGUGAGAAAAGUGUGCUGGCUAGGCGACGACUACGGUCGUAGCAGCGGGCUACUUUUCCGCUCCACAGUUGCAUAGGAUCUGAGCCUAGUACUGCUGCUAACGUUGAGCUGGUCGAACUAUGUUUCAUCGUAAUGGCUCCCGUUGCUAAGAGAGGGAAUACCCGCCGAAUUCAUACGGCACAAGCUGAACAAUCAAACGCUUGCCUUAAACCUUUAAGCACCGUCAAAGAAUCUGUUAGUUCCUUGCACCUACCUUGGCAGCAUACCCAUGCCUAUGUUCAUGCCCAUACCCAUGUCCAUUGUACCUUCAUCUCCAUCAGCUGGCAGCUGCCAAGAGGUUUAUGCGAACAAUACUAACACUGUGCUGCCCUCGGGCGUUUGCCGUCACUGUCUCUAUGACCAUGACUUCUCCAAUUUCUGCUGACCAUCACUGCGCUUCACUAGACACUUUGUGAGGGUUAGAAAACGCUUCUCCGAGCUGGAAGCGAUUAACGAAUUGUUGUGGGAUUCUGUGUGGGCCGUGCAUGCCUUGUCUACGUUGCGUCUCACGAGCAUUAAGGUAUCAACAGAGUGGUGAAACACUAACUGACGACAAAAAAGGAGUUGGCUGUGAAAUAGCCAAGCCACCGCAAGCGGCAGGGCCAGCGGGCGUCAUCAUGCCACACGGGCUGUCCAGCGUUACUAGGUCGGCUAAGGUGCACGGAGCACCACCGGAUGUGAUGCAUGACACAACGGAAGCUCCUGCGGGUCCACUGCCUUCAAAGAGCACCGCAGGCGACCUAAAUGGCUCAUCGUUACCGGCAGCUUCGUCAGCCGGGGGUUCUCAGGGCGGCGCAUCGAAGCGACGCGUUGAACAGCUCCAAGAGAUGGUCCUAGAACGGGAGCUGAGACGGAUCGAACUCGAGGAGAAGAAGCUCAUCGUCGAAACUGAAAAGCUCGAAUUGGAGAAGGAGAACCUUGAACUCGAACGCCAGAAGCUGCAGCUCGAAAUCGGCAAACUGCAAGCCAACAUUCGCUAUUCUCAUCCAACGAGCCUCUACUAGGAACGGUGCAAGUGGUGAAAAGCUCGUUCAAUAUACAGACAAAACAGCAAUAGCAAGACGACGACGACAGCGGACAGAAACAACAAUAUUUAGUGCUUAUGGCUUGUAGUAUUUUGUGUAUAAGUUAAAAAGGAAUAAGGGAAUUAUAAAGAGGUUUAGAAAGCAAAAGUGGGGGGGAUCAUCGUUAAACGUUUGCUCGGACGGUGCCUGUUUGUAGGCGUUCUAUUUUUUUGAUGGUUUUCGUGUUUCUUAUACAAGUAAAAUGCACUUACGCUGCCGUUAAGUUGUGGGGAUAUGUAUUAGAAUUGUCGUAUCCGAUCCGUGCUCUGAAAGGAGAUAUUAUUGUUUCCUUUAUUGUGUUUGGGAUUUGAAAACUUCUCAAAAUCCUCUUUCUAUAGUAUAUAUGCACACUCACUGACUAACUGAAAAUGUUAGCUGUUUUUAAAAUUUCUUUCUAUUGCCAUACUAGAAAAACGCAAAAAUGGGCAGCAGGCACACGCACUCACAAACACUCUCACUAAAAAAUAAAAUAGUAGUGAAAUACACAGAAAGAGACGAACAGAACAUAGUCACUUUAGCUUUUCGCCACUUGCAAAGAGAAACUGUAUAUCACAGUGCAACAACCGUGCUCGUAGAACAGCGACAGUCAGUUACUACAUUUUAGGAUUAUCAAGAGCUCGUCCAUGCUGAUCGGAAAUCAUGCGCGAAGGGUCGAUUGUCAGUGUAUGCAUUUCUACACGGGUCAGCUAGCGGCCAUUCUUGCUACGCAACAUUAUCAACAGGCCUGCAGAAUAAUAGGUGGAACAGAAUGAUAACCAUCGGAAGUUCUUUACAGCCUGGUUUUGUAGCUCAGUUGUUUUCUUGACUCUCCCACCAAAUACUAAACGAGGCCGAGGCCGAGGCCGCAACGCCAAAAAGGACCUGUUUGGCAUUAUAGAGCCAAUUGGGCAUGCUCUUCAGUGGACUAUGAUGGACCGUGAGCAUGCAGGAAAAUCAAAGAGAAGAUAGGUUCAAUCGUUGCAACUGGCUAAGUGGAUAUUAACUGCUGUUAACGAAUAACAGCUGGCUUGAACGCAAAAUGUGUGAGGUAAAAAGAAGGAAGAGUGACAAAAGGAGGAGGAGGCUGAGGCAAAGACUCUCUAGAUCAUAGUUUAAAUUGUCGUUUGUUUGAUUGAUUGAUUGAUUGAUUGAUUGAGUGACUGACUCCUCGAUUGAUUAAACGACCAAUUGUUUGAAGGGCGUGUGUUCGACCCUAGAUAACUCACUUGAUGCCGACAACGUUGCGGAGCUUACUUUGCACACACAUGAACACGUGUGGCCAAAAGGACGAACUGGCAGGCGACACAAAGGACAUUAGAAGGUGCCUUUUAGUCAACAUAGAAACCAGUUAGCGCCUAAAUAACUGUGUAUCGCUCCUGCAGCACGAAGGUACAAUGUAAGGCUCGUUAAUGACGCCAUCUACCGAGUCCUUAACCGGAAAGAUGUCCUCUUUUAGACUAUCGCAUUUCUCUGACGAAAUAUUGAAAGGAGAAAAAGAGCAUAGCGAUAAUGCAUUAUCUUUACGUCGUCGUGUUUGUGUGCUCUAUAAAUUGAUGGCGUUAGCUGAUUUGACACAAGAAGCAUAAGUUUGAAAGGGCGCUCGGUUGUGAGCUUCGUUACUUUGCGAUGCUCGCUUGCUUCCUCAGACUGAGCAACAAGAGGCAGCAACUAUUGAUAUCACGAUAGAAAUUCAAGCAAUCUUGAUAAAAACUGAUUUCAAAUUGCGCCGCGUGUGGACAUGCAGGUUAAAAACAAAGUAUGUUUGGUUACGUGUUAAAUAGGGCUUUUGCGUCAAACUCGUAUCUUUGAAUCGGUGACUUCGUCAUGUAUAAUUAAAUA